AUGUUCAAGCUCGUCCAAAGUCUACAUUUCUUAUUAAUUACACCUCUCCUUUUUUUCGCGGUCUAUGCAAUCCCUCCUAUCGAGACCGCGGGAUCGGGCGUCUCCGAUCCAAGACAGAUCAUCCCAAGAGCUUUCAAGAUAGCCUUCGAGCCUCGCGAGGGCCAACGACUUGAUGUUCUCAACACAUACGUGAAUUGCUGGCUGGGAUGUGGCACUUAUAUAGAUGUCACGCCAAUAGCAGGGAAAGAAGGCGCUUUGACGACGAAGGUUGCGCUUUGGGGUAUUUAUGCUUGUGCGAAAAGUAUCCGCGAUGCUGCUGGUCCGCAGGGAGAGACCAUGCCACGUGGGUCGUGCCUCCUCCAGCUACCAGCUCGAAAUGACAUUGGGAACAUUACCUACGCGGCAGAUGAACAUUUCACCACUGGGAGUGAAAACGUCGUUAGCACUGUCGCUCAAAGGUCCACCAAGGCGGAUCUGCGUAGUGCCCCAGGGAACAUCGCGCGCGAUAGUGGUUCUGACGAGACCCACCUGACUCCUAAUCCAAUAGUCGGCUACGCAUGUCAUAGUGCGAACGAAUGCCGUUUAGAGUUCCUCAACCGCAAAUUGGUGAAGACUACACUCAACAACGUCGGCGACGACCUGGACAAGUUGAAGGUGAUCUUCACGCUGUAUGAAGCAUCGCUCGUGCUGGCCGCGCAGAAUCCUCGACCCGCGGACCCGCUUUCCCAAUAUUGGAGCUUUACAUACACCAGCAUCGACGAAGGGUUGACCGUAAAGUUCACUGCUCUCAGAGAUGGCAUCAAAUGGAGCCGGGCGGUCCAAGGGUUCUAUGAGAUGGUGCAGUCGUAUAAGGCGCAGUUCGGUGACCAAGGAAAUUGGAAGGAAGCAGACUUUGUUAUCAAUGUCAGUGACUCACCGAUGAUUGGCGGCAAGUUGAGAAAGGCAAAGUGA